AAAGUAUGUGUUAAAGAAGCGCGGGAAGGUUUUCACUUCACUGGAGAAAGAGAAAGAGAAAGAAAAAGAAUGGAGAAUCUGGAGAUUGAAAAAGCAAGGUUGAUAAGUUUGGCUCUUGAGUUUGGAUUCGAUGAAGAAUCUGCUCGCGUUUGCUUAGAUCGUCUUGUUGAUCUCUACGGCAAUGAUGGACGGGACUUUAUCACUGUCGACUACUGCGGUGAUGAUUUUCUUGCAUCACUUGCUGAAACUAUGCAAGGUAGCGAGGACUGGGAUGAUUUACAAGCUUUGGAGACUGAGGCUUGUGGAACCCUGGAAGACCUGUUUAAUGAGGAUUCAGUGAGACAUAAUGAAACCAAUAGCAAUGGCAUUGGUAGACCUUUUGUACAUGUACUAAAGGAGUCCCCGGAAGUUCAGAAACAUCAAAACUUGAUGCAUCUGGAUUCUACAAGUGAAGAUGAAGACCCAGACUUUAAUAUCUCAAGCAAGAAGGAUACAAAAUCUACAUACUCCUCAUCUUGUAAUAAAACCAGCCAGAGGCUCCCACGUUUAGAUAAAAGCACUUCAAAAAACAAGGAUGGCAAGAGCAAAACUAUACAAACUUCAGUUUUAUCGUUUUUCGGUGAGAAGACUUGCUCCCCGGCAUCAAAUGAUGGACAUGGAACUCUUAGCUAUGAAGAGUUGAAGUCACUAGAUGAUCUUGAACUGGCAAACGUCGUGAUAUUUGGUAAUACGGUAUUUCGUCCCUUGCAGCAUCAAGCUUGUAAAGCAUUUGUGGAGAAGCGUGAUUGCUUUGUUCUUAUGCCCACGGGUGGUGGUAAAAGUCUAUGUUACCAGCUACCUGCAACGAUGCAGCCAGGAGUUACCAUUGUUAUCUCUCCUCUACUUUCUCUCAUCCAGGACCAGAUAAUCACUCUGAACCUCAAGUUUGGAGUACCAUCAACUUUUUUAAAUUCACAACAAAGUACUUCCCAAGCAAACGUUGUACUCCAAGAGUUGAGGAGAGAGAAACCAUCAUGCAAGCUCUUGUAUGUUACCCCUGAAAGGAUUGCUGGGAACUUGCCAUUUCAAGACACCUUAAAAUCUCUGCAUCGGAAGGGACAGCUAGCUGGAUUUGUUGUUGAUGAAGCACAUUGUGUGAGCCAAUGGGGACAUGAUUUCCGUCCAGAUUAUAGAGUAUUGGGGUGUCUAAAGCAGAACUUUCCAGAUGUUCCUGUGAUGGCGUUGACUGCAACUGCAACGGAUGCAGUUCGUAAGGAUAUCUUGAAAGCUUUAAGAAUCCCAAAUGCUCUUGUUUUAGAGACAAGCUUUGACAGACCAAACUUGAAGUAUCAAGUGAUUGAGAAAAGUAAAGAGCCUCUAAAGCAGCUUGGAAAGCUACUGUCAGACCGAUUCAAAAAUGCCUCUGGGAUCGUGUACUGCCUUUCAAAAAACGAAUGUGUGGAAGUUUCAAAGUUUCUAAAUGACAAGUGUAAGAUCAAAACAGUAUAUUACCAUGCUGGUUUGUCUGCUCGUCAGAGAAUUGCUGUUCAACAAAAAUGGCACUCAGGGGAGAUGCAUGUGGUGUGUGCCACCAUUGCCUUUGGCAUGGGAAUAGACAAGCCUGAUGUCCGGUUUGUGAUUCACAAUACACUGUCCAAGUCUAUUGAAAGCUACUAUCAGGAAUCUGGAAGGGGUGGAAGAGAUAGUCUGCCUUCAGAAUGCAUUGCUUUAUAUCAAAAGAAGGAUUUUAGCAGAGUUGUGUGCAUGUUACGAAGUGGAGGCCGAAAAAAAGAAGGUUUCAAGACGGCAAUGGAUCAAGCUCGGAAAAUGCAACAGUACUGUGAACAGAGAGAAAAAUGUCGUAGACAGAUGUUACUGGAGCACUUUGGGGAAUCAUUUAAUCCAAGAGUAUGCAAAAAUGGAUCUAAUCCUUGCGAUAAUUGUCUCAACUCAUCUUUAUGAUC